CAAUGCUAAUGAGCGAGUUGCCAGGCGAGACAGGAACUUCUUUCCCCUUCUCUGUGUCAGGAUCGCAGAAAUUAUGUCCCUUUUCUCACCAUGAGCUGGCUCUCCAGUUCCCAGGGAGUGGUGCUAACAGCCUACCACCCCAGCGGCAAGGACCAGGCCGUGGGGGACAGCCAUGCAAAGGGAGGGGAGGAAGCCACCUCGAGUCGCAGAUAUGGCCAGUACACUAUGAACCAGGAAAGCACCACCACCAAAGUUAUGGAGAAGCCUCCAUUUGAUCGAUCAAUUUCCCAGGAUUCUUUGGAUGAACAAUCUAUGGAAGACUAUUGGAUAGAACUAGAAAACAUCAAGAAAUCUAGUGAAAACAGACAAGAAGAUCAAGAGGUGGUUGUUGUCAAAGAGCCUGAUGAGGGAGAAUUGGAAGAAGAAUGGCUUAAAGAGGCCGGUUUGUCCAAUCUCUUCGGAGAGUCUGCUGGAGAUCCCCAGGAAAGCAUGGUGUUUUUAUCAACAUUGACCCGGACCCAGGCAGCAGCAGUUCAGAAGCGAGUAGAGACGGUCUCCCAGACCUUGAGGAAAAAAAACAAACAGUACCAGAUUCCUGACGUCAGAGACAUAUUUGCUCAACAGAGAGAAUCGAAAGAAGCAGCUCCAGAUGGCACUGAAUCGCAGUCUCUUAGAACAAAUGAAAACAAAUACCAAGGAAGAGAUGACGAGGCAUCUAACCUUGUUGGUGAAGAGAAGCUGAUCCCACCUGAGGAGACACCUGCCCCUGAAACAGACAUCAACCUGGAGGUAUCAUUUGCCGAGCAAGCACUCAAUCAGAAAGAGAGCUCCAAGGAGAAAAUCCAGAAGAGCAAAGGCGAUGAUGCCACAUUACCUAGUUUCAGAUUGCCAAAAGACAAAACAGGUACCACAAGGAUUGGUGACCUUGCACCCCAGGACAUGAAGAAAGUUUGCCAUUUAGCCCUAAUUGAGCUGACUGCCCUCUAUGAUGUAUUGGGCAUUGAGCUGAAACAACAAAAAGCUGUGAAAAUCAAAACAAAAGAUUCUGGUCUUUUUUGCGUUCCAUUGACAGUGCUAUUAGAACAAGAUCAGAGGAAAGUACCAGGAACGCGAAUACCCUUGAUCUUUCAAAAACUGAUUUCUCGAAUUGAAGAGGGAGGUUUGGAAACUGAAGGUCUCUUACGAAUCCCUGGAGCUGCUAUUAGAAUCAAGAAUCUUUGCCAAGAACUAGAAGCAAAGUUUUAUGAAGGGACUUUUAAUUGGGAAAGUGUCAAACAGCAUGAUGCCGCCAGCCUGCUGAAGCUCUUCAUUCGGGAGUUGCCCCAGCCACUGCUCAGUGUGGAGUAUCUCAAAGCCUUUCAGGCUGUCCAGAAUCUUCCAACCAAGAAGCAGCAACUACAGGCUUUGAACCUUCUUGUCAUCCUCCUACCUGAUACAAACAGGGACACACUGAAGGCCCUUCUUGAAUUUCUCCAAAGAGUAAUAGAUAAUAAAGAAAAAAAUAAAAUGACAGUCAUGAAUGUAGCAAUGGUCAUGGCCCCAAAUCUCUUUAUGUGUCAUGCAUUGGGAUUGAAGUCCAGUGAACAGCGAGAAUUUGUAAUGGCAGCUGGGACAGCAAAUACCAUGCACUUAUUGAUUAAGUACCAAAAACUUCUGUGGACAAUUCCCAAGUUUAUUGUAAACCAAGUGAGGAAGCAAAACACGGAAAAUCAUAAAAAGGAUAAAAGAGCCAUGAAGAAAUUGCUGAAGAAAAUGGCUUAUGACCGAGAAAAAUAUGAAAAGCAAGAUAAGAGUACAAAUGAUGCUGACGUUCCUCAGGGAGUGAUUCGAGUGCAAGCUCCCCAUCUUUCGAAAGUUUCCAUGGCAAUACAGCUAACUGAAGAGCUAAAAGCCAGUGAUGUACUUGCCAGGUUUCUCAGCCAAGAAAGUGGGGUUGCCCAGACUCUCAAGAAAGGAGAAGUUUUUUUGUAUGAAAUUGGAGGAAAUAUCGGGGAACGCUGCCUUGAUGAUGACACUUACAUGAAGGAUUUAUAUCAGCUUAACCCAAAUGCUGAGUGGGUUAUAAAGUCAAAGCCAUUGUAGAAGACUUAACAAGCUGCAGAUAACCAUGUGGAUUUCUGUCAUAAUUCUUGCUGAGUCAAGAGUGUAAAUAAAAGAAAUGGCAGGACUCUUAUUAUUCAGUUGUACCCAACUAUUUAAAAAUGACUCCCUCAAGCCUUAAAAAGUCAUAGAUUUGUGCUGCUGCCAGAAUUAUAUUAAUUAUUAUUAAUGUUAUUAUUAGAAAAAAAAUUUCUGGAGUGAGAGUAAAGAGGCUUAAUUAGCUUAUGGGUAGUUUUCAUAUGCUCUGUGAAAUGUGUCCAGAUGUGACAUAGUUUUUUUUUUAAUAUGUGAAAAUAUAUUCUCUUCCCACUCUUUUCUCCUAAAAUCAUAUAUACUGUAAUAUAUGCUCUCUCACUUCUAUUACCUACUCACAUCUGCCCUUUCCCAGUUAGGUUUGCUUUUUGACCAAAAAGAUAACAAAUACCAGGUAUGGCAAGUUGUGAAGACAGCACAUUAAAACAUACCUAAUUUCACAGUAUUCCUGUCACGACAGAAUGGUAGUAUUCAUCUCUUUGAAUCAUUUGCUCAAAUAAUAACAUUCCACCUUUUCCUGCUGUAUCACAGGAAGUGAUUUGCAUUUUUUUUUUUCAGUUCAUCUGACUUAUGUUCACAGAACUGUAUCAGCGAUCAAGAAAAUAGGACUGUCAGAAGCUGCCAGUUAUUACUGAACCAUUAAAUACUUAUAUACUAGGAAUAAAUAAAAUAUACCCAUGUGAAAUAAUAACUGGAUUAUGGAUAACAAGAGAGUGAAAGCCAAAGCACUUUCUGUCUACUGUACUCUUCUAAAUGGAAUCUUAAAAGUCAUAGCUGGCUUUACGUGUUGUCAUAUUAGCAUUAUAAAUAUGCAUGAUGGUAUAAUCCAGUAAUGGUUGAAGAAUGUAUUCUACUUAAAGAGGGUUUUUUUUUAAGCCCUGAAUAAGUCUACUGGAAGAAUUAUUCUUCUGGGUGAAAAAGCUUUUGUUUGUGUUCUUAUUUUAAAUAAUCGGAGUCAAUUUAUUAAAAUGUUCUUGAAAGUACUAUUCCCAGGGAUUUUAAUGCACAAACCAUAUUGUGACAAGAGAUGAGCCUCUGUACUGUAAAUAAGAGAAAUGAAGUAGAGAAAUGUUAAAUAUUUUAUGGGUUUAGAAUGUAGUAAAUAAAAGGUGUGAUGUAAAUGAAUGCUGCACAAACGGUGUUUAUGAUACUUUUAGUAGUACUUUAGGAAAAAUUACACAUUCUCAGAAGCUCUUGAUGUCUCUAAUGAAGGGGGGAAUGCUGUUAAUGAGAACAGUCAUAAAUUUUUAGCAUAUAAUUACAAGAACAGCCUGUGGAUAUGAUCACUUAAAUAAUUUUGUGGUGAUUCGUGCCAUUGCUUUUUUAUUUAAAAGAAAAUUUUGUAAUUAAAUGCCUUUUUCUAAA